AUGGCGGUCAACGAAAUCUACCAGUACUCCAUCAUCUCGGCCCUGAUGGACGGCAUCGCCUCCACCGGCCUGCCCGUCUCGGAGCUCAUCCAGCACGGCGACCACGGCCUCGGCACCUUCCGCUACAUGAACGGCGAGAUGAUCAUCCUCGACGGCAAGCUGUACCAGAUGAAGUCGGACAACACCGUCACCGCCGUCGACACCAGCCCCGCCAGCGACGCCGUCGCCCCCUUCGCCAUGGUCACCCGCUUCCGCCCCGACACCCACAUCACCGGCGCCUUCGACGACAAGAAGGGCCUCUUCGCCCACUUAUCCGGCCGCCUGCCCGACUCCAAGAACUACUUCCUCGCCAUCCGCAUCGAGGGCGUCUUCAAGAACGUCACCGUCCGCACCGCCGGCGGCCAGAGCAAGCCCGGCGAGAGCAUGCGCGAGGUCGGCGCGAACCAGGCCUCCCACACCUUCAAGGAGCCCGUCCGCGGCACUGUCAUUGGCUUUCGCUCGCCAGAGUACACACAGGGCAUCAGCGUGCCGGGUGACCAUAUGCAUUUCAUCACUGAGGACCGCACGCAAGGUGGGCACAUCUUGGCCCUUGGCACGGAAGGCGAGGUUGAGAUUUCGGCUGCGCUGAUUUCGCAGUGGCGGGUUGAGUUGCCGACGAAUGACCAAGAGUUUAAGAAGGCGGGGUUGGUGGUUGAUGCGGAGGGUAUCAACAAGGUCGAGGGCUGA